AAAUAGCGAAAGGAAAAACGGGUUUUCGUACAUUCCACGCACGACUUCGACGGAUUUGGUUGACCGGCACCAUCGGAUAGCGGCGUGGAACGCAUUAUUGAAUUCGGUUUGUGUGUGCUUGAAUGGUGAUCGGGGUUGAAAACAAACACGCACCCAGAACAGAAGCUCCACGUAAUCAUCGUUUUUGCUUGCCCAUCGGAAAACACGGAAAAACGAUUCAGUCAUUUUCCGUAGCAAGCGUGCAGUCGAAUGCGUACGUGCGUCUGUGUGUGAGUGGGCAGCGUUGCGGAUGUGUGCGCGCCAUUUUUUGGCAAAACCAUCGGUAUCCUCAUCCUCGGCAGGAUCCAUUCUCCAGUGAGCCGGGCGAGGCGAGCGACACUGUGAAGUGAGCGAGCGAGCGAGCGAUUGGGCUUGAUUGUGUUUGUGCUGUGGUGCUCGUGUGCCGUGUCCUCGCCCCACGGUCGUUGGUCGUGUUUUCGUGCGCGGUGAUUACGCUGCGGUUGCGAUAUUAUCCUUCGUCGCCUGCCCGGCAAAAUUUUCCGAGCCUGUCGCCGUGAGAAAGUGAGAGUGAACGUGGAGUGCACGAAUCAACCCAGAAGCACAUCGAAAAAGAAAAUAAAAGAUCAAGUGUAAAAAAAAUACAUAAAUUGAGGAAGCCAACACUCCUGAUGCCCGGAGUGAGGCAGUUGCGAAAGCGAAGCGCAAAAAGGGAAAUCCAACAUGAAAUAAUCAAGUGCUAAUCUCUGCUGAUGAGCAACAAUUGCGAUCGUGAUCCAUCGAAACGUCUUCGUCUGCGCCACCACCGCGUUACGGAUCGUUUCCGGUCGCUGCGCCUGUGAAGCCCGUGACCCGGAGCAAAUUCAGCAAUGACGCAGGCCAUCUCGGCGGUUACGACUAUUAUUGCUCCUACCAUCCCUUCUUCUUCUGCUACUACUACUACUUCUACUUCUACCGGCCCCGGACCGGGCACGACGAGGAUCGUGAUUGAUCGUAAAGUGGCAAACCGUAGUGAAACGUUCGCCACCAUGCGGAACAAACUUGGACGCCUUGGUGGUGGCGGUAGGAUGCUCAGGGGGCCGCGAUGCUGGUCGACGGUUUCACUGCUUUCAGCCGCCAUGUUCCUGCUUCUGCUGCCCAGCUUCGGCGAGCACACUUUUGCCAAAGCAUCGACGAUUUACCGACACACGGCCGACGAUAACGAUACGUCAAUGCAGCAGCAGCAAGCGAAGGAUCACCAGCAGUCGCAUGGAAAGUAUUCCAGCUCGAACGAGAACUUUUCCCCACCGGCGGCCGGUGGAGCGCAGGCUUUGGCGCCGGCCUCCCUGCAGGCGGCCUCGCCCCAAACGAUGACACUGACGGCGGAUAAAAAUAAAACUAAAUUAUUAAAAUGUCACUGCGACAUUUGCAAGGACGAAAACUACGUGUGCGAAACCGAUGGCGUUUGCUUCACCUCGGUGACGAAGGAAGCCGACGGCAAACACAAGUACUCCUACAGCUGUAAGCCGAAAAAGUACGACCUGGCCGAUCGGCUGCCCCUGAGUUGUCUAACCUCGAAGGAAAAGAGUACCACCUUCAAUAUCGAGUGUUGCAACACUGACUUCUGCAACCAUAACAAACUCUUGACACUGCCCGAACCAGCACCCACAGAGGAGAAGUGGCCGUUUCCGCUCGUGGUCCCCGUCCUGCUGGUCAUCCUUACGGUGAUAAUUUCGGCAGGCAUGCUACUGCUUUGGCGCACACGCCGGAAGCGCAACAGUGGGGCUCGUCAAAUUCUGCCGGAGGAUUCGGUGUGCGGCGCGAGUUACCCCAUCCUGAACGGGCACACGACACUGCAGGACUUUAUCGAGAUGACGACGUCCGGUUCGGGUUCAGCCGGCCUUCCGCUGCUGGUGCAACGUUCUAUCGCUCGUCAGAUUCAGCUGGUCGAGGUCAUUGGCAAGGGGCGCUUCGGUGAGGUGUGGCGCGGCAGAUGGCGCGGCGAGAACGUCGCGGUGAAGAUCUUCUCCAGCCGCGAGGAGUGCUCCUGGUCCCGGGAGGCGGAAAUCUAUCAGACGAUCAUGUUGCGCCACGAAAACAUUCUCGGUUUCAUCGCUGCCGACAAUAAGGACAACGGCACCUGGACGCAACUUUGGCUGGUGACGGACUAUCACGAGAAUGGUUCGCUGUUCGAUUUCCUUACCGCACGCUACGUCGAUCCGGAUACGAUGCUCGAGAUGGCGUACUCGAUCGCGACCGGCCUAGCCCAUCUGCACAUGGAUAUCGUCGGCACCCGGGGCAAACCGGCUAUCGCCCACCGAGAUCUCAAGUCGAAGAACAUUCUGGUCAAGUCGAACCUCACCUGCUGCAUAGGCGACCUCGGGCUGGCGGUGCGACACAUCGUCGCCACCGACACGGUGGACACGCCGUCGACGCAUCGUGUCGGCACCAAGCGCUACAUGGCCCCGGAGGUGCUGGACGAGACGAUCAACGUUAAUCAGUUCGAUUCGUUCAAGCGGGCGGACGUGUACGCGUUCGGGCUCGUCCUGUGGGAGAUCGCGCGGCGGUGUAACGUCGACGGUGUCUACGAAGAGUACCAGCUGCCUUUCUUCGACGUCGUACAGCCCGAUCCCACCAUCGAGGAGAUGCGAAAGGUUGUCUGUGUGGAUCAGCUACGUCCCAGCAUACCGAGCAAAUGGAUUGCCUGCGAUACACUGCACGCGAUCUCGAAGGUGAUGAAAGAAUGCUGGUACCAACAUCCGGCCGCCCGCCUCUCAUCGCUCAGGAUCAAGAAAACGUUAGCCAUCCUUCGCUAAACGUUAGCUCGUUUAGGUGGUAAGAAGGUAUACAUUGUUUAGGGUAUCAUUCAAAAUAUUUCAUUUCUCUGUGAGCCUCCCCGAUAGCCACUUAAGGGAUGAAUUUGAGGUUCUUCAACACCCUCAGCAAAAGUGUAAUCAGCAAAAAUGUACACACAGGGGCUGGGGAUAAAUGAGCUGGAGUGUUCCGCAAGACGGACAACAACGGAAACGAAACAUAGAGACAGAGUGAAAACCGCAAACACACAGCUAACUAACUAAGACUCAUUUUUAAUCGUAAGACCUAUUAGUGCGUAAGCCUAACUAAGAAGACACUGCGAGAUGUGGCAGUGUUGCAUGUUUCUUGUAGCUGUAAGUAAGCCCGAACACUAGAGUGAGGGAGUGUGUAUGUAAUGUGUGUAACUGUGUAUGUACAGGAUGGGUGAUUGCUGAAAGGCUGUGUGAAUGAGGUACGCUAGUAGACAAGGGGGAGACAUAUUGCCACCCUUUCCACGGUAUGAGAGUGAGUAGUUGUGUAGCGACUGCGACCGAAAAAAUGCUGCCGUAAGUGCACCACUAACCGUGUGGGAGAGUUUGUCCUCUCUGCGCCGGUUCUUUACAUGUGCACCGUGAAGAAAACAUUCAUAUUUAUUUUUUCAUUAUUCAACGAAAAAGGAAGCCAUUAUGACCGAGGGGCGGCACGUGCAAAUCCCGUAGCCUAACAUUUUUAAGUUGAACGUUUUAUUCCACCUGGCGUAGUGGUCACAAACUACGCGUCCCAAACCAACCAACCAACUAACCAACAAACCGGCAAACAAAGACUAGAAACAUAUCCACACCCCAUUUUUUACAAACCGCCAACCAACCUCCGCCAAGCAACAGAGAACAGAGCAAAAGAAGGAUUAGGAAAAAAAAGCACAUGCAUACACGACACAAACAAGCAUAAUUUACGAAAAACUAACAUAGAACAAAAUGGGACACAAUAUUGUGUCGAGCAGAAACAACGCAUCAACAAAAUAAGACGACAGAUUGAAUGGAAAUAAUGGCUACAAGGAACCGAUUGAAAACGAAACAAACAAAACAUUCUCAUACCUCCAAUUUUUAAUAAGAGAACGGAAAUAAAUUUCCGGCAAAAUGAAGAAAAGAAAAAAUAACUAUUGAAUAUAAAACAAGGUGUGUACAGAAACAAAAAAAAACAAAA